GCGCAAAGGUUUUGUGAUACUUGGAAGUAGGGUUGCUCCUGGCAAUUUUCAGUGUCAGCUAAGACUCUGCCGACACAGAUCAAGCUAACCACCACCACUACGUCUCCAGUUCCGCCAAUUGCUUUCACACAGCCGUCACGUCCGUAUCGCGAAUACGAAGCAAUGAAAUCCCCUAUCCCGGACUAUCUCACGAAGGUGCUUGAGAAUGCGCGCGCUAACGACGAUGGCGCACCCGCUGCGUACAUCGAAACGCUGGCCAAUGCAGACACGUCUAAGAUGGCGGUAGCGCUAGCCACGGUUGAUGGAAAAGUGUACUCGGCCGGGGACGACCAAGUUGAAUUUUCUAUCCAAUCCAUUUCCAAAGCCUUCGUAUAUGCCCUUGCAAUUGAAGAUGCUGGUCUAUCCCGUGUGCUCGAGAAGAUUGGCGUUGAGCCCUCCGGGGACAAGUUCAACCACCUUUCGCUGGAGAAAAAGACAAACCGGCCCAUGAACCCCAUGAUCAAUGCUGGAGCCAUCACCGCGCACUCGCUCGUCGUGGGUCCCGAUGCUACACUCGAGGAGCGGACAGACCGCAUCCUCAACGCAUUGUCCAAGCUAGCUGGACGACAACUCCACGUGGACGAGGAAGUCUACGAAGCCGAACUACGGGAUGCGGACCGCAACAUGGCAAUCGGCUACAUGCUAAAGGCUGCGGGAAUCAUAUCUUGCGAUCCGCGAGUCGUUGUCAAGGGCUACAUCCGCCAGUGCGCAAUCAAUGUAACUGUGAACGACCUGGCUAUCAUGGCUGCUACGCUCUGCAACGCAGGCGUGCAUCCCGUCACGUGCGAGCGAAUCAUGCCCCAAUUGAGCGUCCGCCAGGUUCUGUCCGUCAUGACGACGUGCGGCAUGUACGACGCCGCCGGCGACUGGGUCUCGCGGGUUGGGUUUCCAGCGAAAUCCGGGGUCGCUGGGGGCAUAAUCGGUGCGCUGCCGGGGCAAGUCGGGAUUGCAGCCUUUUCUCCCAAGCUCGACGAGCGCGGCAAUUCUGUGCGCGGCGUCAUCAUGUGCGAACAGCUUUCCAACGACAUGGGCCUGCACAUGAUGGACGUGAGCCAACUGGCGCGCGCGACAGUGCAGACGCACGUGGCCAGAAUCGUCGCGGGCAAGCAUGAACCGCACCACCCGCACUGCAACAAGGACGUCGUGGUCUUCAAGAUGCGUGGUGCCGUCCGAUUUGCAGGCUCAGAACGUCUGACGCGCGCCAUCGCGCGAGAAUUGGGAGACCCAGACCCCAGGGAUCCUGGCUCCGGAGCACAUUCAGACGCCUGUGCUGUGGUGUUCUCGUUUCGCGAUGCCUACUCGCUCAGCUCCAUUGCGCGUCGCAUUGUCCAUGAGGACGUCAAUCGGCUGCUCUCGGAUGGGAAGUCGGUGGUUGUGAUUGAUCCCUCGCGUGUGCUGGAAUGGGAUCUGAAGACGAACCCAAAGUAUCCUGUUGUCGUGGAAAAUGAGACACAAGCCUUGGAUCACAUCGGAGGCGCGGGAUGCAAGGCGGUGUCUCAGGACGAUUCCUGGUGAGGACUUGGUUGUAUUAUGGAUUUCUGUAUACCCGGCCUCUCUAAGCAUCUAUAUCGCGACUCGAACGCGCCCCGCCGCCGUUCAUCCCAUCCCACCACCCUCACUUCGCCAAAAAUGGCAAAAGCUAAAAGCCACUUCGAAGCCCGGCUCAAAGAAACCAAUUUCUCGAUUUUUUGUUUGAUUUGGUGACUAUUUCCUGAACAUUUGGGUACAUGUAGGUGAGGUUGGUCAGCUGGGGAUGGUCAUGGUGAGGUGAGGUGAGGUUGGGACAGUAGUGAAGGCAGGCGCCAUAUCUGAGGCAAGAGCGCCUUCCGAGUCAACCCAUUGGCUGACAGGAGCCAGCUUGUUCAUAUGGUAAAUGAUAUUGUUCUGGUGACAAGAAC